AUGCGCCCCAAGUCAGAAUCAUUCUAUACCGAUAUCACUUUUCUGGGGGGCAAUACUCCCGUAAACGUUUCAGUCUUUCCAAUGCCGAAUAGCCAUGUAGGGGCACCGCAUCGAAUAAUCGACCUUGACGAAGAUCCACUAUCGAAACGCUGCUUGGCAUUUCAGGAACGCUAUUUCUCCCCUCGCACGCUACACUUCGCUCAAGCACAGAUGUACUUUGGAUGCGAAUCGUGCUUUGAGGCACAGGAGGGGCACACUGAACCUGUGCGAUGGGAUCCCCCGAAAUACGGCUUGCCCACAAGUCUUUUUAAUGGGCUAUGCCAACAAUUAUCUGAGUUGGUUGCUGUACCGCUUAAUUGGGUAGAGAAGUCGAAUGAUCUAAUCUACAAUGUUCGUGGUCCAUACUACUUGAUUUUAACGAUGGCAGACACAAAUUCACGUACUAGUGGAGAUAUUCCACGGUUCAGAAGGGUUGGAGCUGGAUCUCUAGAGAUCACAGGGGGUAGCGAUGUGCAACUGAGUCUGGUUAGAGCAAUGUUUCGUAGAGGUAGAGAGCAGGGCAAGCUAGAUGAGAUAAUAAUCGAGUGA